AUGGAGGACGGCAAAUAUGCCGGCUUCGCCGUCCGCACGUACGGCGCGUGGCACUACGACAACCUCAACAUCUUCAUCGCGAGCGUGUGCCUCAUCUACGCAGCUCCACCCCUCCUCGAACUAGCAAACUACAACAUCCUAGGCCGCGUCCUCUACUACGUCCCCUACGCCUCCCCCCUCCACCCAGGCCGCGUCCUCACAACUUUCGCCUUCUUCUCCAGCAUCGUCGAGGCCCUCAACGGGUGGGGCGCGUCCUACUCUGCAAACCAGUCCCUCACCCAGCGCGAACUAGAAACAGGCCACGCCCUGAUAAAAACGAGCCUGCUCCUGCAAAUCUUCGUCCUCGCUUCCUUCGUGGCCCUCGCCAUCGUCUUCCACCGGCGGUGCGCAGCCGCCGGCGUAGCGUCUGUUCGAGGCGUACAGGGCCCGAUGGUGACGCUGUACGUCAGCGUCGGGCUCAUCUCCGCGAGGACUUUCUUUCGCGUCGUAGAAUACUUCAGCCUUGCCAAAGUCCGCUUCGACGCUGAGACGAAAGAGGGUGAUAUACCCCCGGCGAUACGCUACGAGUGGUUCUUUUACGUCUUUGAGGCAAGUUUGAUGCUGGCCAACGUCUGCAUGUUUAACGUCCGGCAUCCGAGGCGGUAUUUGCCGGAGCGGUAUUCGGUGUAUCUUGCGCCGGACGGGGUUACGGAGGUGCAAGGGCCCGGGUGGAAGGAUCCAAGGGCGUUUUGGGUGACUGUUGUUGAUCCCUUUGACUACUCUGGCAUGAAAUCCAAGGAGCAGACUGGAUACGACAACAGCCAUCUCAGUGUACGCGCAGUCUCGCAAGUCACAAAAUGA